AUGUCGAAAGCAUGUACCCUUGAAAAUGGAGUCUUAAAUCUAGCGGUAUUACGUGAGGAUUCUCGACGUGAAUUGUUUUCAAUCUUAGAUUCAGUUGGAAAAGACAUUUGUUUUGUAUUAGAUCCCGAGUUAAAUGGGCCACUAAAUCACGUACUCGUAGACGGAACAGCAGUGCUUAAAGACCACGGGGUUAAAGAUUUUCAUGCAUUUGGAAAGACAGUCAAGACUUCCUGUGAGUCUGUACUGUUUCUUGUUCGACCAUCUGUACGUGCAGUACGUUAUGUAGCCAAGUACAUUCGUGAUUUAGGAGCAGACAAGUCAUCGUCAUCGUCAUCGUCCAAGAAACGUUUUCAUUUGUAUUAUGUUAGUCGUCGUACACUCGUAUGUGAUGAGGUACUGAAGAAAGAAGGCGUCUUUGGGAGUGUGAGUGUUGGGGAAUACAAAUUAGACCUCAUUCCUUUUGAUGAUGACGUGUUGACACUGGAGCUGGAUUCGUGUUUUAAAGAGUUUUACGUGGACGGAGACAAGAGUAAUCUUCACACUGUUGCAGCUUCCCUCAUUAAACUUCAGACCGUGUUUGGUAUGAUCCCACAUGUCAAGUACAAAGGCACGAUGGCAAAAAUCAUUUAUCAGAUGAUGGCGCACUUUCGUCGUGAGCAAGAGGUGGCAGGUAACCCCAUUGGUGUUUUGGACCCAGAGAUUGACACACUUGUUCUGAUUGAUCGCAACGUGGAUCUUGUCACGCCCAUGUGUAGCCCUAUGACGUACGAAGGACUGCUGGACGAGAUUCUGGGCAUUACACAUGGGUUCGUUACGGUGGACUCCGAGCUCAUUGCAGACGAUGACGGACCCAACUCGGGAAACACCAACCGACCCGCUCAAGUGUCAGUGCCGCUCAAUUCGAACGAUAAGUUGUACGCAGAAGUGCGCGACUACCAUGUUGAGCGACUUGGCAUGAACCUGCAGCAGCAGGCGCGGGAGAUUCGCGAGCGGUACGACGAGUUCCGUAAGAAUCGAGAUGCCUCGAUCAGCGAGAUUCGAGAGUUUGUCAAGCGUAUCCCAGGUCUCAAGCAAAACUAUCAAUCACUGCAGCAACACAUUAACCUGGCCGAGCUCAUCAAGAAGACCACAGACUCGAAGAGAUUCCGUGAUCUCAAGGACGCAGAGAACCUGGUUCUUACCGGUGAGACGAUCUUCGAGCAGCUCGAGGAGCGUAUUGGUUUUCAAGAGCCGCUGCUUGGCGUCUUGCGUCACUUCUGUCUGCAAUCUGUGGCUGCAGGUGGUGUCAAGACAAAAAACUACAUACAUCUCAGUCGAGAGCUCGUGCAGACGUACGGCUUCGAGAUGAUGCUGGCACUGACUAACCUGGAAAAGGCUGGGCUACUUUGUAAGCGUGAUACCCUAUGGAGCGAUGCUAGAGGCUUUGGUCUCGCUCGUAAAUCCUUCCGGUUGCUCAAUGAUGACGUGGAUCCUCGCAACCCGCGCGACUGCGCUUAUGUCAGUCGCAGCCACGCUGCUGGUUAUGCUCCGCUGUCUGUACGCAUUGUAGAAAGCGCUAUCAAGCCCCGUGGUUGGAGCGCUGUGCAGGAAGGAUUGCGUCAGCUUCCGGGGGCCUCAGGAGAGGUUACGCAGACGACCGGUAAACGUUCAGGUGACGAUCCCGCUGCUUCUGCUGCCGCUUCUAAUCUGGAUAAUUUUGGUACCGAGGAGCGCAAAGUGCUGCUCGUGUACUAUCUGGGUGGUGUAACCUUUAUGGAGAUCGCAGCUCUGCGUCACGUGUCUCGCCAGCCCGACUGCCCAUACGACAUUGUUGUGGCAACGACAAAGAUCAUCAACGGCGAUACGCUGCUCAAGUCGUGCUUCGACAAGGAGGUCCUGCGCUUUUUGAAGCUGUAA